AUUCCUCACAAGCCCUCGCGAUGAAGAACCCUCCCACAAUCCGACUCCCAGGCCCUUCCCCAACGCCUUGGGAAUGCGUUCGCCCCGGGCCUGCUGGGAAAUCCACCAAAACCGAGGCACCCUCCGCGUCCUCACCCCCGCAGCCUCGGCCAACGCGCCCCGGGCUGCUCCCCGAGUUUGUCGCCGGAGCGCCCGGGGCGACGGGGAUCCGGGGGCUGCGCCCUAAGGCAGAGCCGGCAGGACAGCGUGCUCCUUGCAGCCGCGGCCUGGGCCCGCCACGCGUCCCUGCGCCCCUCAACGUUGCCCAGGGCCCCGUCGGGCCCCUUCCCCCCCGCUCACCGGGAUCCCGCAGCUGCUCGUCGCAGAGGCCGGAGGCCCUGGGCGCGGCUGCCCCGGCGCCACCCCGGCCGAGCUCUGGGAGAGGGCCGGAGUGGGCGGCACCGCCCUGCCGGCCUCCUGGCCUCGGCGCCCCGGCAGCGCCGUCCCGGGGGAAGCGAGUCCCGGGGCCAAGCCCGCCACCCGGACCUGGGGUCUCCAAGGCUUUCGACCGGCCCCAGCGACCCCGCCUCGCACUCACCUUCCGCGCGGGCUCGAAGCCUGCUCCGACACCGGCUGGCCUGCGGCCGACGCUGCCGCCCCGCGCGCACACGCAGCCUCCCGCAGCCGCACGCACGGCCGGGCGCGCGCAGACCACGCGCCGAGGCCCGGGAGCCCCUUGCUCGCCCGCUCGCUCGCACGCACGCGCGGCCCUGAACCCCGGCGAGCGCUGCCCCCCUCGGCCCGCAGCCGUGCGCACUCUCCCGGGCGCGCUCGGUCGCUCCUCGCCGUCGCCCUGCGUUCCGAGUACGGUGCUGUCAGAAGUCUAGAAGCAAUAAUGUUCCAGUAACACUGGGCAUAUCUCGUACACAGAUGCUGAUUUCUAAAUACUAUUCUCUACUGAAAGGAACCCAGGUUCUUUGGGGAAAUGGCUGAUUUUAAGUCCAGGAUACAGGAAAUACACAGUAAGUUGGAAACACCUUAUGUGAAAAACUGAGGAAAUACUUAAAAUUAAUGGGGACAUGUCAAAAAGAUAUAGGAAUUAGCUUAAAGUUUUUCCUGCUGCCAAAUUUGCGAUACAUUGAACAUCAAAAAGAACAGCAAUGACAAUGGAUUAUACCAUUUUGAGUCAGAAAAGAACCCAUUAGUCCGUAGUGACACUCAAAAGAAAGGUGGUGGUGGAGGUGAGCUUUCUUCUUUCAAAGGCUGCCAGCUAAUAAAUGUGGGAAAAUUAUAGAAUUAGAAAAAUCACCAUUUGCAACCACUAUUGCAAUCAUUCAGGCAAGAUCAUCAAAGGAUGCUAAAAUUAUUGGGUGGAAGAUUUUUGAGGAUUAUUGGGCAAUGGGAUAUUCACACAUUAUCGUGUAUCACCUUGCAGAUUGCAAUAUACUACACACACACACACACACAAUGUAUUAGAUUAUACCCUGAUCUUUAUAAACUUUCAGUAGCCCAGAAAUGGGGGAAGCUCUUUUAUAAGAUCUUCAACAGUAAUCUUCAGUGGAAGAGGAGACUUCCCUUCGUCUUUGUGCCUAUUGUUUGGGAACACUCCUCACUUCUAGAGACACAAAAGUGUUGUUCCUGUGGGAAACUGAGGCUACCAGAAUGGAGAUGUUUGAGAAGCUAAGCCAAAUAUUUCAUUUUGUAAUGUAAUACUGGUGUGUCUUGCCAGAGAGUGGUAUUUUAGCAAAGCCAAGACCAUGCAGACUUGUGUCUUCCACAGGAGAAAGGAUUAUUUUCCAUAUUUGGGUUUAGAGUUUAUCCUGUUUGGUUGUUACUGCCGGAGAUGUGUAUACAUGUGUUCUUCUUGGAGAGCAACGCACAGAGAAUUAGGAGCGGGAGAGACGGGCAUACCUGAUCUACCCUGGGACUUUGAAGAAGUGACUUGGACUUAGUCCAGUUUAGCACGGAGUAGAUUGUGGAUAUGCCCACUAAGAUUCUAUAACCCAUGUCCUGAUGUUGGCUGCCAUUAUGUCAUAACUACCCUGAGGGGUGGGAGGGGUGGAGCUUAGAGUAACCAUAGCCCUGUUUGGGUGGUGAAUCUUUUGAAGGGAAACAAUUCUACUGACGAUCACCACUUGACUAGUAAUUGUCCAUUAUUGGGGUGCAAAUUUAAGGAUGGAGGAGGUACAGGAACUAGAGAAGAACUUUUUCUCUUUCGAGGCCUUGCUGGGAUAUGAUGUAGACCUUGAGACAUCAAGAUAGAUGGGGGCCAGACAGGGAGGCAGUCAAGGCAGGGCCCCACUGGGGAUGGCAUCCUUGACAGAAGCCAUUUCUACAGGCAGUAAGAAGUGACUGCCUGCACUAAGCUUCCCUGCCAACGUUUCUCAGCUCAGGUGGGGAGAUUAGGGAAGGGCUUGUCCCAGCCAGGGCUCAGUGUUAAAGGGCAAAAUACUGCCUCCCCCCUUGGGCAAAGGACGGAUAAUGAGGAUGUCCCAAGUUAGCAAAGAUACACAAAUAUUUUCCAAAGGGCAUAACUUUUAUAUAAAUCAAUUAACUAACAGUGUGUACCCAUAAUUCAUUGGUUCUUUCUUUUCCUUAUAAUAAAUUCACAAUCUCCUAUCAAUAAGGGAAAUCCCAAUGAUUUUGAAAAAUUAAUAAUUUUUGUAAGUUUGCCAAUGGCAGACCUUGGACUUCUCAGCCUCCAUAACUGCAUGAGCCAAUUCCUUAUGAUAAAUCUCUGUCUCUAUCGUUAUGUGUAUAUAGAUAGGUAUAUAGAUAGAUGUGUAUACAGAUAGAUUUGGACGAUACACAUUUAUUGGUUCCAUUUCUCUGGAGAUCUCAGACUAAAACACUAGGUAAUGAAUUUACUCCUUCUUUCAUAAAAUGCUUGGUUGGGGAGAGCUUUAAAUGUCAUACAUUUACAUCUGCCUCAUUCUUUUAACUGCUGUAUGAUAUCUCUUGUUCUAUGGUAUAUUUAGCCAUUUCCUUUUUGAUGGGUACCUGUGUUCUUCCUGUUUCUGUGUUCUAUUCUCAGAAUAAUUGCAAGCAACAUUUUGGCAAAGUAGGUUGCUUCCAUUAUGGAUUGAGAAUUGCUGACCCAUUCCUGGCCAUAGGGUAAAACACACAUGAGAGGAAAAUGGAAGUAUCUUCCACAGUGAGGAUUUGUUCCUCCUGUAUCACAGACGUUAGGACAAUAGCUCCCAUUCUUAUGGUUUGUGACCUUAUUUUGCCAAGUAAGGACAUUUUUUAAAAAGCAAAACAAAACAAAGAAUUUCUGUUACCAUUAUCAUUUUCAAAAGCAGGCUAUUUUAGGGGCGCUGGGGUGGGCUCAGCCGGUUGAGCAUCUGGCUCCUGAUUUUGGCU